CGUGAAUCCCCCCCUUUCUCAUCGCACAACACCGUAUAAUUAUCCAUUUCUUCGAUUGGAAUAUAUUCCCUAAUACCCCUUCCGUCCGCUGCACUCCCUGCUGUUUAACCCGAAUUCCUCUCGACUUGGCAAUUUUUCACCAACAAGGCUCUCCUGAGCCUCUUUAAAACUCCAACACAUUGAUCCACACUCGUUCUACACAUUUAGGACGGAACAAUCAUGUCGACUAAACCACCCGCUCGGUUAACCGUGGACGAGAAAGGAUAUGACCGUGCCCGUUCGAGAAGUCCCUCGCCAUCCCGUAGGAAAAAGGCAAAUAAGUCGAAGAAGCGGGAGGAUGGUCCCCUCAGCAUGCGCGAUUCUAGUUUCCGGAAGCAAGAUACCAGUUCCGGAGAGCGAGCCCCGAGGCAAAUGUCCAAAGACAAUGACAUCUUCCUGUUACCAUCAUCUGACUAUCAAAUUCUUGGCGUCUUGACAGUAAUAGGCGUCUGCGUCCGGCUGUUUAAGAUCUAUCAACCCUCGAGUGUAGUAUUCGACGAAGUGCACUUCGGAGGGUUCGCUACCAAAUAUAUCAAGGGAAGGUUCUUUAUGGAUGUUCAUCCACCUCUUGCGAAACUCCUUAUUACGCUUGCGGGAUGGUUAGCUGGAUUCGAUGGGGGAUUCGAUUUCAAGGAAAUUGGAAAGGAUUACCUUGGACCUAGUGUGCCUUAUGUAGCCAUGAGAAUGCUGCCAGCGGUAAUGGGGAUCUUAGUUGUCCCAAUCAUCUUCUUGACUCUUAAAGCCGCUGGUAACUCGACGGCAACUGCCUCUCUCGGCGCCGGUCUUGUCAUCUUUGAAAACGGCCUCAUUACUCAAUCUCGGUUGAUUCUUUUAGAUUCCCCUCUAGUUACGUUCACCGCCCUUACGGCCCUGGCCUGGACUUCCUUCCUCAAUAUCCAUGAGCAAGGUGCCUCGAAAGCGUUUGGACCUAAUUGGUGGCUCUGGCUAGCUAUGACAGGGCUCGGUCUUGGUGCCACGGUUAGUGUUAAAUGGGUUGGUUUAUUCACCAUCGCUUGGGUUGGGAGCCUAACUGUCUUGCAAUUGUGGUUCUUGCUUGGAGAUACUAAAAAUGUUACUCCGCGUUUGUGGUUUAAACAUUUCCUUGCUCGCGUCUUCUGCCUUAUCGUCAUACCGCUUGGGUUCUAUAUGCUCAUGUUUGCUAUUCAUUUCUUAUGUCUAGUGAACCCCGGUGAUGGUGACGGCUUUAUGUCUUCUGAGUUCCAAGCUACCCUCAAUUCUAAGGGAAUGCAUAGCGUUCCUGCUGAUGUCGCGUUUGGUUCUCGCAUCUCUAUAAGACACCACAACACACAAGGAGGGUACCUUCAUUCUCACAAUCAUAUGUAUCCAGCCGGUUCGAAACAACAACAGAUCACACUUUAUCCACACAAGGACGAAAACAACCAAUGGCUUCUGGAAAACGAGACCAACCCGGUCACUGGCAUUGAAGGAUACGAUAUCAUCACACCACCUAACUUAGUUUUUGAUGACGCUACUAUCAAGCUCUACCACAUAAGCACUGAUAGGAGAUUGCAUUCGCAUGAUGUUCGGCCACCUGUUACAGAGGAGGAAUGGCAAAAUGAGGUUUCUGCUUACGGAUACAAGGGGUUUGAGGGCGAUGCCAAUGACCUUUUCCGGAUUGAAAUUGUGAAGCAUCUUUCUGAUGGGCCCGAGGCCAAGAAGCGUCUUAGGACUAUUCAAACCAAAUUUAGACUUGUCCAUGUAAUGACUGGCUGUGCGCUGUUUUCACACAAAGUCAAGCUUCCGGAUUGGGGUUUUGAACAACAAGAAGUCACUUGUGCCAAGGGUGCUACUCUUCCGAACAGCGUCUGGUAUAUCGAAAACAAUGAGCAUCCACAACUCCAGGAGGGUGCUGAGCUUGUUAAUUAUAAAAACCCUGGUUUCUUUGGUAAAUUCUGGGAGCUUCAGAAGGUAAUGUGGCGUACAAACGCUGGCCUGGUCGAAUCUCAUGCAUGGGACUCCCGUCCUCCGUCUUGGCCGGUUCUUCGUAGGGGUAUCAAUUUCUGGGGCAAGGAUCACCGUCAAAUCUACCUCAUCGGUAAUCCAAUUAUUUGGUGGUCAUCAACAGCAGCUAUCGCGGUGUAUCUUGCCUUCAAAGCAUUCGCAGUCCUUAGGUGGCAGCGUGGAUACGCCGAUUACUCUUUGACAAAUUUCCGCAGGUUCGAUUUUGAAGUCGGCAUUACUGUAUUAGGUUGGGGCUUGCACUACUUUCCGUUCUACCUGAUGGAGAGGCAGCUCUUCCUCCAUCAUUACUUCCCAGCACUUUAUUUCGCCAUAAUCGCAUUUUGUCAAGUCUUUGAUUUUAUCACAACAAGGACCGGAGCUCUUGGUUUGAACCGCAGGCCUGCCAUUGGUUGGACAAUCGCAACUGUAUUCCUUGGGCUCAGCAUCGCCGCUUUUACGCUUUAUGCCCCUCUUGCCUACGGGAGUCCCUGGACAAAGGCUCAGUGUAAUAGGGUUAAGCUCUUCGAAAACUGGGAUUGGGAUUGUAAUCUUUUCUACAAUUCGAUGUCUGAAUACGACAAUAUUGUUGCUACUCCGUCGGAAGCUUUGACCUCAACACCAGUCCCUGUUGUUGCCGAUCCCCAUAAUUUCCAAGAGAGUGAAGGUAAGGCGCAACAACCAAAUACUACACCUCUGGCCGAAGAGCUGAAAGAGGCUCAUCAAAUUCCUGCUGCUGGUAUGCCUGAAGGCCAGAGGGUGGUUGCACAGGAGGAACGGAUCGAAUACAGAGAUCAAGAUGGCAACAUUCUUAACGAAGAGCAGGUGAAAGCUCUUGAGGGAAAGGUUGAGUUCCACACCCGGUAUGAGACUAGAACCAGAUUGCUCGAUGAAGCUGGUAAUGAGGUUCCAGCUGAGAGUAGCGGGGUUGCGGGGCCAUUGGUAGAUGGCGCAAACCCAGAGACGCCAAAGAUGGAGCCAUUAGAGAGUGGGUUACCCCCACGAGUAGACGCAGAAACCGAGAGUGAAGUGGACGCAGAGAGGAGGCGGGCGGAGCCCAGUCCCGCUAGUGAUGGGCUACACGAGACAUAGUGGGCCUAUUUUUCAUCUUUCCUUUCUUUUGGCAAUAUUGAUUCUGCAAGGAAGUGUAAGGGAUCAUACGAGACGGUGUUGGUGGAUCAGGAUGGUGUGGUGUCCGAGGAAUGAAUAAUGUGGUCUUGCUUCUGGAUAUGGAUUGAGAUACUUGGUUCUUUUUUUUGGCAUGUAACGCAACGUCUUGGGAGGGGGUGUUCGUUUUUUUUUAAAAAAAAAAUACACAGAAAAUAGUAAUUUUUUUCUUCACUUGAAAAA